AUGCAGACAAAUUCCGAAGUAACCGCUCCUCCUGAACCAGCACAAACCGUUCCUGACAACCUUGAGGACUUUAUGAGCCUUACAGAGGAUCGGGGAGUGUUAAAAAAGAUCAUCAAGGAGGGUAUUAAGGAUUCGUGUCCCGUUGACGGAGAUACGGUUUUCGUACAUUAUGUGGGUACCUACCACGGCGGCGAUCAACAUGGGCAAAAGUUUGAUUCCAGCCGCGACAGAAAUGAGAGAUUCAAGUUUAACGUUGGGAAAUCCGAAGUUAUAAAAGCAUGGGAUUUGGUGAUACCAACGAUGAAGCUUGGAGAAGUGUGUGAACUUGUCGCACUUCCCGACUACGCGUACAAGGAUGGCAAAACCCUGAAAUUUGAGAUUGAGUUACUGGAAUUCUAUGGCGAGGACAUCAGUAGAGAACAGGAUGGCACGGCUAAGAUGUCGGUUUUGUCUAAGGGUCCCCAAGUUUUCUGUCCGGAGGCCGGCGCCACAGUUGAGCUACAUCUGAAGGGCCUUCAUGACGGAAAGGUUUUUGACGAUCGUGAAGUUUCUUACUGUGUUGGUGAUUAUUCCGAGGUCGGGAUUCCAAGAGGCGUGGACAGUGCCGUACGGAAAAUGCGUGCCGAAGGCAAGUCUAUCGUCCGAGUUUCCAAGCAGAAUUCCCUUGGCGAAGAGCAGUGUGCAAAGUUUGGAAUUCCUCCAGGCUCUAGUCUUGAAUAUGAAGUUACCCUUAAAUCUUUUGAAAAGGUAAAGAGUAUCCAGAGCCUGUCCUCGUUUUCCGAACAAAUGGAGCAUGCACGAAAGAUAAGAAGCCACAUAAAUGAAUAUCUUAAGGUUGGUAAACACACUCUUGCACAAGACAUGUACAUUAAUUUGCUGGGUGAACUUCUCUACGUCGUCACACAAGGUGUAAAGGAAAAGCAAACCCUUGACCAAGAAAUGAUAGCUGUUCAUCUUAAUUUAGCACUAUCAUUUCUUCGGGAAAACAACCCUACUGGCAUCAUCGACAACUGCGACAAGGUGUUGGAUUUUGAUGCAUCCAAUGAGAAAGCUUUGUUCAGAAAGGGACAGGCCUUCUUACUUCGAGGAGACGUGGAGCAGGCUCUUCAUUUGUUUAAGCGAGUUCUGAAUUCAUAUCCGGAAAAUACUGCUGCGGCGGCCCAAGUUAGAGUCUGCGAAAACACGUUAAAAAAUGUGAAAGAACAGGAAAAGAAGAUGUUCCGGUCAGCAUUUAAGCGUUUGCAGAAGGCCGGCUUUAGUUCGUCAGAAGAAAUGACCAAAACUGAAGCACCAACUGCUGCAGCGCCCCCUGCGGAAGCAUGA